AUGUCGACACUAACGUCUGUGCUCGUGGUUUUCCUAGUUCGUCCGCGCGUUGGCGCACUUUCCCACGUCCCGCAACUCGUGUCCCAGUACCUAGACGUGUCUGCGCGUUGGUCGCUAGACCGCGCCGUCCAGCGUGGCUUCCUCCAUCUCGUACGACUUUUGCUGACCGCGUUAGACACGCUCACCCUCAAUGCAUUGGCGGAGAUCCGUGCUGCCAUGCGAAGCGCAGCAGCGAACAAUUAUCUAGAAAUCAUGGAGUUAUUAUGUAGCUAUUACCCGUACGCGGUGAUUGAUGAGGUGGCAAUUAUGCAGGCAGCGUCCAAUGGCCACAUCAAUGUUCUUCGCUGGCUCCACCUGAGACUUCACAAACUGCUGCCUCACUACAAAAAAUAUGAUUUUUAUUCCAUUAAGACUGCAGCGGCUGUUGCGGAGAACGGGCAUUUGGAGGUAGUGCAGUGGCUACUGGAUGCUCGCGGAAUCCAGGAUCCCGGCGACUUGACGGAGAAGCAUGUGGUCCUAGCAGCGGCGAAAGGAGGCCACUUGGAACUUGUCAAGUGGCUACGAACGAAUUUAAUGGAGGAAAUUGAACCGCGUAUUCUGGAUGAGGCGGCGGCGAGAGGGUUCUUAGACGUGGUCGAGUUCUUACAUAAUGAGUGGAAGGAGGCGAAGCUCGAGAACAACCGAAACAGCUGUCCCGCGACGUCGAGUGCGAUGAACAGUGCGGCGACUAAUGGCGAUUUGGAAAUGGUCAAAUGGCUUCACAUUCACCGCGAUGAAGGGUGUACAGUGGAUGCGAUGAAUAGAGCAGCCUGGAAUGGGCAUCUGGAAGUGGUAAAGUGGUUGAAUGACCAUCGAACGGAAGGAUGCACGCAGCUAGCCAUGGACAUGGCUGCUAAAGGAGGACACUUUGAUAUUGUGCAGUUCCUCCAUGAGAACCGUACAGAAGGUUGCACGCAUCUUGCGAUGAACUCGGCAGCUCAAGAGAACCAUCUUGAUAUUGUACAAUGGCUGCAUGCUAACUGCAGUGAAGAGUGCUCAUAUUUCACAAUGAAAGUAGUUGCGAAGCAUGGACAUUUCGAGAUACUCAAAUGGCUCCUCGAAAAUCAACCCGAAGGCUGUGACGUUGCAGUUAUGAAUGCUGCUGCGACCCACGGGCACCUUGAUAUAGUGCAAUUCUUGCAUACCAACCGAUCCGAGGGAUGUACCGUCGCAGCAAUGGACGGCGCGGCAGAAAACAAUCACCUUUCUGUCGUCCAGUGGCUUCACCAGCACCGAAGCGAAGGCUGUUCGAGGCGCGCGAUGGACGAUGCAGCUCGAAAUGGCCAUUUGGAAAUGGUGAAGUGGCUGGACGGGAAUCGAAUUGAAGGGUGUUCAACCGACGCCCUGGAUGGAGCGGCCGAGUAUGGCCACUUGGAUAUUGUCCAGUUCCUUCACACAAACCGCACUGAGGGAUGCACCCACCUUGCAAUGGACAGGGCCGCUGAAAACGGGCAUCUUGAAGUGGUGCGUUGGUUGCACAACAAUCGUCGGGAAGGCUGCACUUCGGACGCCAUGAACCACGCCGCCGGACGCGGCCACCUGGAGGUCAUGCGCUUUUUACAGGCACAUGGCCAGGAAGGCAGUACAAGUGCACGCUGGAGAUUGAGGAAUGGCCGAUAG